UGUAUCUCAGUACAGUAAUGCAGUAGUUCGAGAAGAAUAUUUUUGGUCUUGAUCUAUCUAGUCGAUUACAACAGUAGCUGAUUUAUCGCGUUUGGGUGUCGUCGAUCACGUACCGCAUAUUAAACACCGUUUCUAAUGAACUUCCUUGUACGCAACAUCGAAGAUUCCAAAGUGCAAGCGAACUGGUGCGAAGGACGAAAGUGUGAAAGCGUACACUCACCGCUACUUGCGCAGAGAAACAUAUCUUUUCGCUGUUCCCAGUGCGUUCGGAAGAAUCCAGUCACUCCAAUUACAUUCUAAAGAAAACUCGGAUCAACUGAUCGUAGAGCCAAGGAAUGUUCUGGAGUUGACUAAUUGACAACCACGACGUAUCUGCAACUUCUGUUUCCACGAAGAAUUUUAUGACAAAUAGGAAAGGGAACAUUAGAAGACUGUUGGAAUAGCAACGGAAUUUUUUUUUUCUUUAUCAUGGAAACAUGUGAAUUCUCGUAUCAAGUUUCUCUACGAUAAAUCUCACGCUUGAACGAUCUAAAUCGGUCCUCGUGACCAAAUUCUAGGAUCGGGCGUGAAUAAUAGCUGUUCGAUCGUAAACCGACACGAUCAUCGAAUUCGUCCAAUGACAGUUAAAAGUGCGACCUUCCAAAGUUUUCGAAUUGGUCCUUUGUCGCGUGUGUGUCAAUAAUUAAUUUCUUUUCUGUACGUGUUCUAAACUGUCCGCCGAAAAACCUGCAACCUUUUGGAUAUUUCAUCGGCUAUGGUUGUAGCCAAUAGUGGGAGGGUACAAAAUGCCAGUUUUCCUGCCAGUCAGAAUAAUUCCAACCUGAAUGUAAACACUGUGCAGAACAACAAAAUGACAGCCAAAGGUGUCUUAAUAUGUCGUGACAAUUCUCAUCCUUUUCAAGAUCGUACAUUGACAUUAGAACAAUCUGUUAAAAUCGGUCGUUCGGUGGCAAGGGCUAGAGCAGCUCAGAAUAAUGCAAUCUUUGAUUGCAAAGUAUUAUCCAGGAACCAUGCGUUGCUAUGGUAUUCUGGAGGAAAGUUUUACUUGCAAGACACGCGUAGUAGUAAUGGAACAUUUGUUAAUAAUCAGAGACUCAGUGCUGCUGGGGUAGAAUCAACACCUAAAGAGGUAUGUUCGGGUGACAUAGUGCAAUUUGGAGUAGACGUGAUAGAAAAUACAAAGAAAGUUACGCACGGAUGUAUAGUCGCAACAUUAAAAUUAUAUUUGCCAGAUGGGAAGGAGGCUAAAGCUAGUGUUAGUACAUCAGUCGCAUCGUCGAAUAUUUCUUAUGAGGAUUUGUAUAUGUUGAAUCAGGUUAUACAAGAGGCUACAAAGCGCGAGAAAGCACUUUACUCAAAGUUAGGAUAUCUUCAACAACUUGUAUCAAAUACCCGCAAAGCUGCCAAUGAAUCAUGGAAAGCAUUAAUAGCAGAGGAUCAAUUGCUAUCUUGGGUGGAAACAAUUGAAAGCCAAUUGGCUGUUUAUUCCAAAAAUUAUACAGAAGAUAAAAUCAGAAAUGAAUUAAUACAACUUCAAGAAGAAAAGGCAGAAUACCAAAAUGCAGCAAAGGAGGCACUACAAAAAGUAUUACAGGAAAAACUUGAAAUAUCUCAGAGGUUAGUUCAGUUGGAAGGGCGGUUGAGCGAAACAGAAGAAGAAUGUCAAAGUCUUCACAAUGUAGCAAAGUAUACUCAAACAGAACUUCAAGAAUUGAGCAGUAAAUUUACUAAACUUACAGAAAGCGAAGAAGAAAUGAAAGAUAUGGUACAACACAUAGAACAAGAAAAACAGGAACUUUUGAAGAAACUUGAAGAUCGUUUUAAAAUUGAGAACCAUCUACAUGUAAAAUUACGCAAUUUCCAACGAAAUUCUCUUAAUGUCUAUAAAUUGGUUACUGCCUUGAAAAAUAAAAUGCAGAUCUUGCAAGAUACGAAUUCAAAGUUGGUAACAAGCGAAAUAAUGGACUCAAAAUAUGAAGGGAAUCCCAUCGAAGCUAUUAAUACUAUUCUUAAUACAAUGCAUUCUGUGUAUGCAAAUGAAAUGAUACUUGAUCCAGAGUCUAUUCGGUGUCAUAUGAACGACGAACAGGAUAAUCAAAUUAAUUUGCAAGAUAUCGAUUCAAAUCAAUUAAAAAAUUCUGAUAUUCCCUUUUCCAAAGAACAGUUGGAUGAUUCGUUCAAUAAUGAUAAUAUAACAGAAUAUAUUUUACCACCGCCAUCUCGAAAAACUAUGGUUAAUGGAAAUGUAAAUAUAGAUAAUUCGGAUAUUAAUUCAGAAUCUGAAACUAAUUCAGAAGCAACAGAUGAUACAUGUAGUAUUACCAGCGACGAUACAAGCGAGAAGUCUGUUAUAGAAGUUAAAAAAGAAGAACCUGCAUACGAUGUAGUUGAACAAAUUUGCGCUCUACGCGAACUAGAAGUUCGAUUUGCACGCGAAGGACAAUUGCAAGUCGCUCGUCAUCCUCAAAUCACUCAAAAGGCAAAAGAUAGCGAAGAAACAGAAAUUAAUGUUGACAGUAUGAACAAUGCUAAGUCUUUGAUCGAACCUGAUUCUACAGAAGUUCAACAGCAUGAGAAGAAGGAUGAAACAGCCAAGGACAGCAAUCAAUUAGGCGAGGAAUGCGAAGAGAAACAUUUAGAAGGAGACUAUGUUAAAACAUUAAAACCGUUAUCUAAAAAUGAUACACAGCAAAAUCUACAUACAAGGGAAUACGUAUUGCAAACUUUAAUAGGAUCUUUGGAUUCUUUAAAAGUUGAAGACAACUUAGAAUCGCAGCAAGCAGUCAAAAAGGAGUUAGAAAAUCUCAAGGAUUGGUUAAUUUGUGAACCUCACGAAGAAGUUAUUGGAAAAUUAAAAGAAUUAUAUUAUUGUGCCAAGAAUGAAUCUCAAAGAACUCAAGAGCUUCACGAAGAGCUAGUUAUUUUAAAGGAAAAGUACAAUGUAUUCGUCGAAGAAAAGGCAGAACUGUCGAAAAAGUAUACAAGUCUUAAAGCACAAUGCGGUGAUCUGUUAAAUACAACCUAUGCUGUACCAAUUCAUUAUGUUGCACCCAUUGCAAUUAUAUUAGUAUGGAUGCUCUUAGAAAAAAUAUUUUAAUGUUUCUUUUUUGAUUUUUGUAUAUAACGUUUAUUAUUAAUUAAUAUUGUACUUUUGUUUUUUAUUGGUAGCAAUAUGAUAAAAAUACAAAGUUCUAAAACAUAGUUUAUUAAAAGAUAUCGAGUAAGCGAAAGAAAAGAUGGUGGUGUGUAGUUUCAACAGAAAUUCAAACAUUUUUAUAUGAAAAAAAUAUAUUAAGAAUUGUAUAUAUUUUUCCCAUACUGUUGUUGAAACAUCGAUCACAGAAAUCUUCUCUAACAAAUCACAAAGGUAAAGCAGAGGUAUACACCAUGUUACCAUCUCAAACAAGGAACCAAAAUCAAAUUACAGCAGAAAUUUAUAGCAAUACAUAUGUACAUAGAACAAAAUUUUAGGCUAGGGAAAAUGUAUUAGAGGAAGUAUAGACAAUACCACGUAAAAUGUUCAACAUGCUGCCAAUCUUAAUAUCAUAUCUUAAAGUAUGGUAUUAAUCUAUAUUUACGAUAUUGCACACUUUACGUCGUUAUUCUUUGCAAUCAUUUCCAACACUGCACGUCCAACGACUCGAAUGUAUUAUUAUAUAAAUUACAACUAACAUUUGUA